AUGACGUGUGAAAUAAAGCAUCUGGAACGACGCUGGAAUGAAAUGGACGAAGAGUAUAUCUGCGAGCCGAAAGAAGACGAAAAGCCUGAGCAGCAGGACUGGUGGCGUCGGUUUGCCAUUUGUAUCGUUAAUAACUAUAGAGACGACGAUGAGUCCGACACAAGUUAUCUAUACGUGAACCCCAUGCCACUUCGAAAGCUUCUUAAGGAUGUUAUUGGGGACUAUCCGGACAUAGAUAUUAAUAGUGUUCAGAUCGAAGCUCCAUACUAUCCACUGUUCCACUACCGAAAGGAACUAGAGAAGGAGGGCUAUAAACGAUUUAUGGAUGACGCCGAGUCUAAUGAACAACUGGAACUGCUGCUGUAUUGGAUCGAUUCCCACUUUGUGGAUGACAUCUCUGCUUAUGAGAAGUGUAUUUCCGUUCUCAAAGCCAUCUCCUACGAAAGCCUAUGGACCCUAUUCCCGCCGAACAAGAUCAUAUACGCCAACAUACUCAAUCAAGACCGUGCGUUACGAGUUAACUCGUGCUACUAUAAGUGUGCACAAAGCGGGGAGAUGUUUCUAAAUAUCUCGGCUAGUUUUAUCGACUUUGAUGGCAAAACGCUUGGUACGAGGGACAUCUCUUUCUGCAUCAUGAAGUAUGUGGGGACGCGGCAGUUGGGAGAGCUCACUACCAUGCCGCUUGAUUUGCUGGACGAUGGUGAGAAGGUUCGCGCCGAGUUAGUCAAGCGUGGCAGGAAAUUCGAGAGUACCCAGAGGGGCUACAGAAAAUUCAUCCUCAGAGGACACAUUAUGAUUGAUUGCGAGACAUACCACAGGUUUGAGGGGAACGACGUGUUUGAUGUGGUUGGACUGGGGGACUCCAAGAGCUCUAAAGAGCUCAGCCACGAGGCAGCGGUCCCGAGCGUCGAUUUCGUACGCGAGACGAGGAUGACUUUCGAUAAGCUAUCCGAAGAUGACGCUUUGAUUACCAACGGCACAGUUCGGGGAUAUCACUUUGAGUCCAAAAAGUUUCUUGAGUUCUCGAUCGAUAAUGUGUGGCCUAUUGAGUGGAACACUCAUUGCUUUGACGAUCUUGUGCUCGACCCGGCGACAAAGAAAACCGUCAAGGCUCUGGUUUCUACGCAUCCAAGUACAUUCGACGAUAUUGUGAAGGGCAAGGGACAGGGUCUCGUAUGUGUGCUACACGGUCCCCCUGGUGUUGGAAAGACAUUAACUGUUGAGUGCGUAGCUGAAUUUGUCAAACGGCCCCUGUACGUGGUCUCGUCUGGUGACUUGAGUAGAUCUAUCGAAUGUCUCGAGAGUUACCUAUCACGGAUCAUGGACCUCGCCUCGACAUGGAACGCGCUUCUCCUUAUCGACGAAGCGGAUAUAUUCCUCGAACAAAGGUCGCUCCACGAUGUGCUGCGGAACGCGAUGGUCGGCGUGUUUCUGCGGGCGUUCGAGCAGUAUAAAGGUAUCCUGUUCCUCACCACAAACCGCGUCAGUAUAUUCGACGAGGCAUUCAAGAGCCGCAUUCACGUGCCUAUCCGGUACACGGAUCUCAGCAUGAAGUCGCGCGAACAGAUCUGGCGUAACCUGUGCCGUCGCGUGCCUGGCGGCGUCAACGUUGACGAUGCCGGGUUCAAAGAACUCGCCGAACCCAAUCUCAACGGCCGGCAGAUAAAAAAUACCAUCAAAGUUGCUGAGAGCCUCGCGGCCUUUGACGGGGUCAAGGUUGGUCUUGAGCAACUAAAACAGGUUACUAGGAUGCAUGAUACCUUCGAAAAGGACAUGACGGCUGUAGGAGGCGUGGAUUAUACAGCGCCCGGGGAACCGGGGAGGAUGGGAGAUGGAUUCAACAUGUUUAUGUAA